AUGAAAAUUAAUUAAUAUGCUUGUAUUUCUUUAACAUAGGAUUACCAAAAGAAAGGAGACAUUCCAGAUUGUAAAGAUUAAUGGAUUAUUUUGAAUAAGUAAUAUAAUAAUUUAUAUUUUAGAGCACAAUGCAUUAAACACAAAUUAUAAGAAUAUGAACCAAUUGUGGGUCCAGGUAAAUUGGACUCUUAGAAUACUGAUAAUUAAUUUACUACUUAAACUCCAAAUUCAAGUUCCAUUUUUACUAUAAUUAAUGAUAAAUUAUUGAUUGCCUUUAAACAAAAGAUUUUAUAGUAUGAUCGAAUAUCAGAUUUAUUUUCAACUGAUAAAUAUUCAACUUGUUUACCAUAAUAAAUACAUACAGUGACAUAAGGAAAUGUGAUAUCUAUGCAUCCAAAUUAAAAUAAUUGUCAAUUAAUUGUUAGAACAGAAAAUGCAAUCAUAUUAUAUAAGUUUAGUAAUUCAAAUGUAUUUAAACUAUUUAAAUAUUUUAGUUAUCACUUCAAAAAACUUACAAUUAUUCUAAUGUUAAAUAAUUAAAUAUUUAAAAUAAUGUACUUUUCCUUUGUUUACCUGAUAAAUUAAUAGCAAUUAACUUAAUUAAUUAAACAGAAUAAAUUUUAAAAGUUGAUAAUAAAAUUGUUGCUGGUUAUCUAAAAGAUUCAGAAUAUUAUUAUAUUUGUGAUAAUUCUAAUGUUGUUAAAAGUCUUUAAAAAAAUUAUGAAUUAACUAUACCAAUACCUAUUGUAAUAAAUGCACUAUUUUUGAUAAAUAAAUUUAUUUGUAUUUGUGGUUAUGAAACUAAAUAUGAACCUUAUGAUGAUGAAGAUGAAGAACCAGCUACAUAUAGUUCCCAUAUAUUUUGGUAUGAUAUGACUUGCAAUCAACCUAUUAAAGAUAAUAGUCAUAUAGAAAUAGAUUUGAUUUAAGAUACAAAUAAUAAAGGUGAUUUUGGAAUCACAUAAUUAAGUGAUUUAUAUAUAGUAUAUGGUAGUAAUUUAAGAAUAGCUACCUUUUGGACAUUAGAUAGACUUUGUUAAUAAGCUAAAAGAUAUGAGAAUUCAGAUGAAAAAUUAGAAUUGUUACAACAUUCAGAAAUUAGAGGAUUAGUCACAUAUAAAUCUAAUAAUUUUAUUGGAUUUGGAAUGAAUCAAAAGAACUUUAGUUGUAUUGAACGAAAUCCUAAUAUAUGCAUCUUAGAUAAAAAAGGAGGAUUAUUAAUGUAUGAAUUUUUUAAUUUUAAAAAAAUCGUUGAAUACUAAAAUAAUCAACCAUAACCUUAAAAUAGUAUAUUUUAAAAUAAUUAAAACUUAUUUAAAAAUACUUAAUUGAUAUCUAAUAGAUCUUAAAGAUAAUAAAAAAGUUUUGAUGAUAUUAAAUUUACUUUAAUAGAAAGUGAAAAGAAAGAAAUGAAUAUUAUUGCAAAUCCACCUUUUAAUUUAUAAUUGAUGACAUAAAACAAAAAUGCUUAAAUGGUAUUUGGAUAAGGAAAAAUUAAUUAUGAAUUUCGUUUAUAUUAAAAUGAAAAUCCUUCAGCUAAUUUGGUUAUUGAUUAUCAACAUUUUCAAAUUAUAGGACAUGAAAGAGAAAUUAUAAUACUUACACCAAUUAUUAUAUAAUAAAUAUUAUCAUAAUAAUAAUAAUCAAAAUUAUAAAUUCAAAAAAUAACUUCAAAUCCAGGAGAAAUUAUUAAUAGUUUAUGUUUAUUUUAAAAUAAAAUAUUGAUAUAAACUAAUACUUGUUUAUAUUUGGUUAACUAUUAAGAUGAAUAAUGGAAUAUACAAUUACUUUUAAAUCAUAAUCAUAUAAAGAGAGUAUAAGUUUUAGAUUAAUAUUUAUUAUUAACCAUUUGUUAAGUUGGUAUGUAAUAAAUAUUGUAUGAAUAUAAAAAGGAUAGUUUAUAAUAAAAAGUUACUCAUAUUAGUGAUGCUGCUUGUCUAUUAUAAUUAGAUGGAUAAACAUAAUUAUUAUUAAUAAUUGAUGACUAAUUAUAUGUAUUGAAAGAUUUUGAAACAAAAUAAUUAGUUUAAAUUGAUAUUCAAAUAAAAUAAUCUAAGUAGUAUUUUAUUACUUAAUUACAUGAAAAUCAUAUUUAUUUAUCCUUUGCCACAAUUGAUGAGUAUGAAUUCAAUCAUUAUAUACUAAAUUAUGAUGUAGAAAGAAAUCAAGCUAAAUAAGAAUAACAUUUAAAUGAUAUACUUUCUAAUCUAAAUAUUAAUGAUCAUACAACAUAAAUUACAAAUUUUGAUUGGAACAUAACCUCAAUCAAUACACCAAAGGCAAAAAUCAUUAUAAUAUUUCCUAAUGGAAUAUAGGAAGGAUAUAUUUUCUAAGUUUGUGGAAAUGAUUUAAGGACAAUUGAUAAUGAAAAAGGUGAACCAAUCUAAUUAUCAUCAUAUACUCAUUAUGUUAAAGGAAUUUCUAAUCUUAAAUAUGUAUUACCUAGUGAAGAAAAAUUAGGAGAAAAACCAGGAUUAUGUACAGCAAAAUAAGAUUAAAAAGAAUUUUAAUAUCAAAUGUAACCUUCAUUAUUAAUAUAUGAAUAUGAUGAAAGAAGUUCAUUAACUAUUCAUAGAUAAUUGUUAAUAAAAUUAGAUUAAUUGAAUGAUUCAACUCCUUUGUUAUAGGUAGUUUAAGAUGAACCACCCAAAUAAUAAUAAAAACCAUCAAAUCCAGAUUAACAAAAAACUUUUGAAAAAUUAUAAAAUGAAGCUUAAAAAUAGAUAAACAAAUAAUAACCUUAACCUCCAAAAAGAAUAACAUAAAUUACAUAUUAAUUAUAAGAAUUUUGUAAAUAAUCCAUCAAACAAUUAAAUGGAGAAGAAGAAGAUGAUUUAUUAAUGAAACCAUACUUUGCAAUAUUUACAUCUCAAAAGUCAUUAGAUUAAUUAAGUGCUCAUUACACAUAGAUAUAAAAUGCUAGAUAAAUUAUUAAAUCAAAAACAAAGGAAAGUUCUUCUGUCUAAGACUUUUGUUUACUUAGAAAAUCAUUUGAUAUUCCAAAAUUUAAAUUUAGUUAUGAUGAUAUUUAAUAAACUUUAUCUUAAUUAUCAAAAGUAGAAGAAUAAUUUUCAUGGAUAUGUAACUUUGUAAUUAAUACUUUAUAAAUGAAUCCUAUUAAAAGAAAUAAAAUAACUUUUGGAGAAUUUGAAUUCCCAAGUAUUCAUCAUAUUACACCAAAAAAAUAAUCAAGUAUUUCAAAAACCAAAUUUGGUAGAAAAAUAGUAUUCACUGAAUUUUCUGAUUAAGAACCAAAAGCUGAUUUUUAAAUGGCAUAUAUUGAAAAAUUAUGCUAAGCUCGUAAAUCCAAUGUCAAAUAUUUAAAAUUAAGCACAGAAACUAAUAAAGAGAUAUAUGAUCCUUAAAUUCCUUUAAAUGUAAUGUCAACAACUUCUUUUGGAAUAUCUGCAUCAAGAUUAUCUAAAUAACACCCAUUAUCAAAUUUGGAUGAAAAAUAAAAUGAUAAUAAAACUCUUCAAUCAAAUUUUUAGGCUCAAGUAGAAACUCGUAGAAAAAUGGAUCCUAUUUAAACAUAAAUUAUAGAAAAGAAAAGUGAAAUCAAUUCAUCAUAAUAAUCAUCUGAUUUAAAUAGUAAAGUUUUAACAAGAACAAAGGGUGGCUUAUUAGGUUUAGAAUCAGAUUUAGAAUCAUUAAAUCCAUUUAAAUCAGAUAAAUAAAGUAUUGGUGAAAUAAAUAUGAUAGAAUCUCAAAAUAUUGAUACAUCUAAAUAAAAAGAUAAUCCAUAAGAAACUACUAAACCACUAUUUGGAUUUGGACAAUUAAAUCUAAACAAUAAUGGACUGCUUGGGGAUUUAAAAUUAGAUGUUAAACCCAAUUCAUUAUUUUAAAAUACUAAUUUAUAAAAACAAACUCUUAAUGAAAAUGAUAAAACUAACUAAGAUAAAUCUGUAAUAAAAACUGAAAAUGGAAUUAUUUAAUAGUAAAAUAAAAAACCUUAAGAAUCUAUUUUUGCAUAACCAAUUACUUUAUAACCCUAAAAUUAAAUAGUAAUGGUUAACUCAAAUUAGAGUGAAAAAUAAUAAAAAGCAAAUGAGUCCUCCUUUAUUAAUACUAAUUUUGGAGAAGGAAAAUCCAUUUUCUCCUCACUGACCCCAAAUGUUGAAUCUUCUAGUACAUUUUUAGGAAUAAAAACUAAUAUUUAAGAUAAUACACAAGAUGAAUAAAAUAAAAAGAAAGAAGCUGGAAAUUCUUUAUUAUAAAAUUAAUAAAAAGAAUCUCAAGCACAUUAAUAAAAAUAAUAAAAAUCUGAAAAUUAAGAAGAAAGUCAAAUUCCAAAAAUAAACAUACAACCACCUGCAUAAACUUCAGCACAAGGACCAGCACAAGUAACAGCAUAAACAUCAUCACAAACAUCAGCAUAAACUCUAUCAUAAACAUCAUCACAAGCAUAAACAUCAGCAUAAGUAUAAGCAUAAACAUCAGCACAAGGACCAGCAUAAGUAACAGCAUAAACAUCAGCAUCUACAUAAUCUAUAUUUACUUUUGCUUAAAAAAGUGAUACUUAAGCAGCACCAAUUCAAUAAUAACCUUCAAAUUAAGCAUAAGCUCCUCUGCUAUAGCUAGGUUCUUCAAUGUUUACUUAAGGAUAGUAAGAUGUAAAUUUUAACACUUACUUGUAAAGUCAACCUACUUCCAUAUUGUAAAAUUCUGGCAAUUAAACAUUCUAAGGAAUGUAAAAUACUUUAGGAUUAUAGUAAUAAAGUUCAUCUGGAAUAUUUAAUAUAAAUACAUCUAGUUUUGGAAGUACAAGUAGUAUUUUUGAUUAGAAAAGUACAGCUCCACCACCAUAAUAAAGUAUCAAUAAAUAUUAUUUAGAAAUAUCUUUUACUAAUCUAGCAAAUUAAAAUAUGUCAAUUAGUACAGGAGGAAUCUUUGGUCAACCAGCCUCAGUAAAUUAAGGAGGAUUCAUUCAGACUACGGCCAUGAAUUUAGGAUUCGAUCGUAUAAUUAUUAAUAUAUUAUAUUAGCUAAUUAAGAGAAGCCAAGAAAAUGA